AUGGCCCAAAAUCCAACCUGCACCGUUGAAGAAUUCACCCGCACGACAUUUGACUAUGUCAUCUGCGGCGGAGGAACUGCAGGACUCGCUCUUGCAGCGCGCCUCAGCGAAAAUCCCGAUAUAAUAGUCGGUGUUAUUGAAGCUGGCAAGUAUCGCAUUGGAGAUCCGUUAGUUGAUACUCCUGCGGCAUUCAGCCAGAUGUUUGAGAACCCCGAGUAUGAUUGGUGUAUGUAUACGGUGCCACAGGAAAACAAUCAUGGCCUGUCCCACCAUAUGCCGCGUGGAAAGCUCCUUGGUGGAUCCAGUGGUAUCAAUUAUAUGAUGUAUGUGCGAGGAUCGACGCAGGAUUACGAUGACUGGGCAGAGCUAGUAGGGGAUGAUGGGUGGCGUGGGGAGCAUAUGCAGGGAUAUAUGCGAAAGCAUCAGACUGACGAAAUGAAGACCCUCGAGCCAAUCGACCCAGCCAUCACCGAUCGCUCCACAAUGCCCCUCGUAGGCGAAUUCCACGGCACGAGCGGGCCCGUCCGCACCAGCUUCAAUGAUUCCUUCCUGCCAAUAGAGAUCGACAUCAUCAAGGCCUGUGAAGAUGUGACUGGCAUCACAACCAAGCCCAGUGACCCAUGGAGUGGUGACCAUAUCGGCUUCUACCGCACCCUCGGCGCGGUUGUUCGAACCGGCCCGGACAAGGGAAAACGUAGCUACUCCGCACGAGGAUACUAUGAAGCGAACCGCGCGACUCGACCGAACCUCAAAGUGCUCUGCGAAGCCCUUGUCAACCGCGUGGUACUAGAUGGAAACAGGGCCAUCGGCGCAAGCCUCACACAUGACGGAGUCGAGUACCAAGUCUCCGCUCGACGCGAAGUAAUCGUGAGCGGCGGCACAAUGAAAAGUCCACAGAUCCUCGAGCUAUCAGGGAUCGGUGACCCGGAGAUCCUCAAAGCCGCGGGCGUCGAGUGCAAGAUUGCCAAUACUGGCGUCGGCGCAAACGUCCAAGACCACUCCAUCACCUUAAUCAUGAUGGAUGUCCAGCCUGGCGCCGUCACCCUAGAUACUCUAUCCCAGGUGCCCGGGGAAAUGGAGGCUGCCGCUAAGCAGUAUGCUGAAACCAGCGAUGGACUACUCAGCUCCAUCGCCAGCAUGCAGGGCUUCUUCCCGGCAAAGAAAAUCCUCUCAGACACAGAGCUGGCAGAUAUCAUCAGGAGCAUUCGGGAUAUCGAGCCGACAAGCGCAUUCCACGCGAAACAGCUCGCUCAGACUAUCGCGCACCUUGAGAGCGAUCACUCUGCCAAUAUGCAGAUUGUUACAGUGCCAACUUCCAUGAACACAGACGGCGUAGAGCAUCAGAGCAAGAUAAUCGUACCGCGUCCGGCUGAUGAGCCGGCUGGUUUGACCUUAGCGCUUUGUCUGCAGUAUCCCGUAGCUAGAGGGUCUAUCCAUAUUGAGAGUGCAGACCCAACUAAACAGCCUGUCAUCGACCCUAACUACGGUGGUCACUCAUCCGACAUCUCCCUCCUGGCGGCGUUCCUGCGCUGGAGUGAUCAAGUAACGGAAUCAAAGCACCUGAAGCCUUCAUUCCUGCGACGCACGUACCCCGAGCCUAGUAUCAACCUGCAGGACAUGGAUAUGGCCCGACGAGCGGUGCAUGACCUUGUUGCGGGUGAGUACCAUAUCAGCGGGUCUGUUGCUAUGGGCGAUGCCUUGGACAGCAGAUUGAGGGUGAAGGGCGUUGAGGGAUUGCGUGUUGCUGAUGCAUCGGUGUUCCCAAAUAAUGUUUCCGGGAAUAUUGUCAGUAGUGUUUACGCUGUUGCGGAGAAGGCGGCGGAUAUGAUUCGCGAAGAUUGGGAUUUGAGGGCUGGCAAGACGAAUAUGACCUAG